AUGGGUGCUCGCUAUACCCGUUUAAGCCUAAUACUAGGAAGACUGCGCGAGAAUUCGCGGUUCUUAAGGGCCGGCUUCAUCGACACUAGUAAGGCGGAAAAUCACUUUUUUAACGAUAAUUUAAUGGUCGGAAGCUUACUCCUAUAUAGAAGAAGGCUUUAUGUGAAUAUAUUAAUUACUUUAACGCGUGACCACUGGCUAAAACGUUUUCUUAAACGUAAUGUAGAGUACUACGUACGACGUCGGCGUGCUCUUAACGUUAAAAGAGUAUCGUCGCUAGAUGGUUUAAAGACUACGAACGAAUUAUUACUAAGUAUAGUAUCUAAAAAAAAGCUAUUUAAUGGAUCUAUCACAAGUCGUGAAUUUAUUAGUGUUUUAGAGGCUAUUUCUACCAAUAGUUUUACCUACCCGCCGCUCAUAAUUCUAAGCGUAAAGUGGGUACUACUACGCGAGUUUAAUAUAAUUAAUGGCGAUAAGCAUAUCGCAGGAACCGACACUAGUUAUAUUAAUGACACUAGCAUUUUACUAUUCUAUAAGUGGACAGCUCGUGGUAUAAUUAGUGAAAAAAUGCUAGUUUUAUGCGACCAUUUUAGCUCCCAUUUCACACCUAAAUUUAUUAAGUUUAUGAGAAGAAUGAUAUCAUUUUAUUCUUCUUACUUUCUUAUACUAGUUAUAUACUCUAGCCUCACUAUGCUAGUGUUUAUAGACGCUAUUAAGGCGGCUAUAAUAAGCGGAUGCCGUAAACUCUCUUAA